GCUAUCACACGAUAUUGUUCCCACCCACAAGGAAGCGCCAGUCAGUAACGACUGAAGAAUCAUAUACUUCAGAAACCUGGAGUUUAAUUGUAUUUUUUGCAGACUCAUGUUAAAGCUUAUUUAACCAUUAUGUCGUUAUUCUUGAUAUACCUUUGACAGCUUUUUCAACUAAAGUAAAUAUUAGAUUAUUUAGCCGUUGCCGUGAAAAACGCAUGUGGCCAGCACGCCGAGUAUGGGAUGCGACAGUGAGUGCAGUAGGAAUUGAAAAAAUACCUUAAGUAUUGUACGAUUAGCUGUGACAUUGCCAUGGAUUUGUCAGAGGCAAAUAUAACGAAACAAGUGUCUAAAGAUGACGCGGGAGAAGGAAGUAUGGCCAGAGAGUUGAUUAAAAUAAACUUCUGUGGGUCUACCCCUCUACUGUGGCGUACGGAAGACUUGAAAGCGGCUCGUGAAUUGGGCUUCGUAGGGACACUGGUAGGUUCUCUUGCUCGACAGCCUAGGCAGAACACGCGCCUGGGGAGACCUCUCGAGUUGCUACUGGAGGAGGGACGACUGAUGGCGGACAUGGAAAGAGCUGCUGUUUCCGGCCUAGACUCAAAAAGUGAGGAUCCUGAGGUAAGCCCAGCGGUAGUGGAACAGUACUAUGCAGGUCUAGAGAACAGCUUUCAGGAACAGAGUGCCCUGGCAUUAGAGGACCGGAAGAUGACACUUACCAGAGUUCUCACUGAGAAACAAAAAGAGUUUUCAAAAGGCCAGGAGGACGCAGACAGUAAUGUGAGAAACCGCCUUGAAGCUCUGGACCGAAGCUUCUCUUUCCCGCGCACAGCCAUGUCUGUACAGCUUUGCACGGCACGAGCAGGACUGGCCCACUGUCCCCAGGAGCGCCAGUUCCUGACUGCAGACUGGCCUAUGCCACAGGACGAGAGGUGCAAGUGCCGUUUCCAAGUCUUCAAGGACCUGAGACGCCGGGGCUUCUACCUCACAUCGGCUGGGAAGUUUGGCGGAGACUACCUAGUGUAUCCAGGUGACCCUCUCCGUUUCCACGCUCAUUUCAUUGCGGUGUGUGUCUCCAUGGAUGAGUCAAUGCCCCUGUGUGAUGUACUGGCCAUUGCCAGGCUAGGCUCUAAUGUGAAAAAGACAGUCCUGCUCUGUUCAUCAGGGGAAAGCCAGGACGAUGAAAGGGAGGAGGUGGUGUACACAUCUCUACAGUGGAGUGGAAUGGCAUAGCACCGCAGCACGACCUCAUACGUGGAAGCAACAGGGACUCAUGCCUAGUCAGAAGCUACCCAUCACUACAGGGCAUCGUAUUGGUCAGGUAUCAGACCACUUACCGAAAGGUUGCUGAAUUGAAUUCCUGAGCUGGCAAAGGGAAAAUCACUUCUGUCCUUGUCUGAGAAAACCCUAAUGCUUUAGUACAUUUCUUUGGAUAAGAGCUAAAUGUCUGAAAAUGUUAAAUGUACAGUGGACUGGAAUUGUUUAGGCAGAACCACAGAUAUGAUAUACCACAUGACAACAUUUUACACCAGGCCAGAAUCAUAAUGCAUAUGGACAGGUUUCCUUAAUUUCAGUCCUGGAAUUCACUAAUAAACAUUUCUGGUUUAUACCAUCUUCUAAUCAGGUACUGAUUCAGACCUGGAACACCAGAUGAGUAUAGUUAACAGCCAGGUAGAAUAAAAAAACAGCCCUCCAGGACGGGAUUUGAGGAGUCCUGCAUGGUAUGUAGAAUUCACAGCGUGAGACUCCAACUGGUCAGAAGCAAGUACAGUUGUGGUAAAAAAAAAAACUUGUCACCCUUGUACUGUCUUCAAAUAACUCAAAAGUGUCCACAAAAUAAAUUACAAUUGACCAAAGCAUUUGGUCUCCACUAUUUUUUAUUUUACAAAAAAUUUUACUUAACUAUGCUACUGGAUGGUUAUGUAAUUCAAACAUUUCUCAUUUUAAAUCAGAGAAUAAACAAAAUUGUCAUUGACAAAAUUGACAACCUAGACUCAAUACUUUGGCCAAAAAUUACUGCAAUCAAGCACUUACUAUAGCCAUGGAUGAGCUUCCUGCACCUCCAUACUGUCAGUUUGGCUGACCUUGUGCAAACUGCUCCCAUUAUCCCAGAUUCGGGGGCCUCCCAACUGCAGUUUUCCAAUCCUUUUUCAAAAGGAUUUAGAUCCGGACUUAUUGCUGGCCACUUCAGAAUAGUCUACUACCAUACAACCACCUUUAAUUGAGUUUCUGAAGGUCAGCUUGAAUCUUUGUGGCAAUUGACCAAGGUGUUUUCUCCACUAUUCAAACAAUACUUUGCUGGUUUUUCUCUUUUGGACAUAUCCAGGGAGGUUAGAUGCAAUGGCAUUGGCUUUAAACGUCUUAAUAACAUUAUACACAGUGGAAACGGGAAUGUCAAGAUCUCUGGAGAUGGACUUGAGAUUGCUCCUCAGUGGCAACUGUCGUCUGACUACUACAGACAAUUCUGUUUUUCUUUUCUACAUGCUCAUUGUGGUACACAUCAUGACACAAAAUGGGAGAAUUAAUUCUAUUCAAACAAGCUGAAUGAGUGAUUCUUACCACAGGCAAGUUCAGUUUCAAAGUCAAGGAGAAUCAGCUUCAAAUCUAAUUAUUUCCAACUACUUUUAGAAGGUUAAAAUAAUGUUGUCUGUUUCAGGAUUUAUUUGUGGAAUAAGCUCAGACGUAGUAUAUUAUAAUUUUUUUUUUUGUUCAGCUGUAAACCAAUGAAAUACAGUAGUAUGAGUACUAUGACUAAAGUGAAAGGGUGGCAAUACACUGUAGCAGACAACAGUGAUGUAUUUACUGUAACACAAAUAGGGUGAGGUCUCUGAGUUUAUACAGAAUGGACAUGGCCUCUAUAAAAAUAUUUACUUUGACAUGUGUAAAAUGAAAUGUGAUGAUCGCUGUAAAUAAAGUUAAAGACAAAUUA